GAAAAAUGGAUGUAUGAAUGGAUGUUGAUAUGUUCUUUAUUCUGUUUAUUCUGUAUUACAUUAUAGUUAUUCUACGAUUGUAGUAAUUAAAAACUCGUUUUCCCAGAACGCACUCGGCUCUGAGGCAGCGUAUAGCUGCAAAGCGUGAUGGGAAAGAGAAAGCCCUGGAAGCCAUUUGAAAUCAUAGACUAAUGCAAGUGGGUCUGAUGUAGUUAAUCGACAUAAAGCUAAGCAGCGGUAACAUUUGUAGUACUAUUUUUUUCGUCUUCUAUAUGAUUAUAUUUUAUCCUAAAACAUUAACAUAAAAAGUAACUGUUCAUAUUGUUUCUUCAUACCUGCCGCUUGAACUUGGUUGAAUCCGAACAUGGGAGGAGAUAAACGCAUCAGUCGCACUGAGCGCAGCGGGAGGUAUGGAUCCGACCAGAACCGGGAUGAUACCGAAUGGCGUGAUCGGCGCAACAGGGACUCUGAGAGGGACUAUGAGCGUCGCUGGAACGACGACAGGCGGGGUGACCAUUAUGAUGACCACUGGAGCCGAGAGAGCCCCGAGAGAGAGCGUAAGCGGCACAACAGCAAUCGCUCUGAAGAUGGCUAUCAUUCCGAUGGGGAUGACCAGGACUACCAGGGCGACCUGGGAGACGAGAAGGAGAGCAAGACCAUCAUGCUGCGGGGCCUGCCACUCCAUGUCACUGAGGAGGAUAUCAAGACUGCCCUGGACCAGUUGCAAGGACCUCAUCCUUCAGAUGUGCGACUGAUGAAAAAGAGGACAGGUAUAAGCCGAGGUUUCGCCUUCAUGGAGUUUUAUCACUUGCAAGAUGCUACCCGAUGGAUGGAGACCAAUCAGAAACAGCUGGUAAUCCAGGGCAAGAAUGUGGGCAUGCACUACAGCAACCCCCGAUACAAAUUUGAAGACUGGUUGUGCAACACUUGCGGCCUGUACAAUUUCCGGAGAAGGCUGAAGUGCUUCAGGUGUGGAGCAGCUAAAGUCGAGUGCGAGUCUACAAGUCCCACCGGAGUGACUCCAGACCUCCAGCAAACUGGGGAUUACUGCGGAGACACCAUCAUCCUGAGGAACAUCGCUCCUCUCACCACGGUGGAGUCCAUCACCACAGCUCUGGCUCCUCAUGUCAACUUGUCUGUGAGCAACAUCCGAUUGAUCAAGGACAAGCAGACGGGUCAGAACCGAGGCUUCGCCUUUGUCCAGCUUGCAUCUCCACUGGAAGCCUGUCAGCUUCUCUCAAUCCUUCAGGGCUUACAGCCUGCCCUGAAGAUAGAUGGAAAAACCAUUGGUGUAGAUUAUGCCAAAAGUGCUCGCAAGGAUCUGCUGUUGCCGGAUGGGAAUCGGAUCAGUGCCUUCUCAGUGGCCAGCACUGCUAUUGCAGCUGCGCAGUGGUCAUCUACCCAGCCACAGCAGGUAGUGGGUGCAGCCAAUGACUAUAGCUAUCUACAGGAAGGCUACACACAGUAUGCCCAGCAGUACAGUCAAGAUUAUCAGCCCUACGUCCAGCAGGCUGGGGGAACGGACCCAGCCUUUGGCGACGGGAUACUUGGAGCUGCCCCGGGGGUGAAGAACAUGCCUGGUGCAGGAGUGGUAAUUUCUCAGAGUGCACAGGUCUACCAGCCUCACAUCGUCAGCCAGCCUGUCACAGUGUCUCAGACAGGAGGUCUGCAGACGGACGCCAGGUCACAGUCCACCAGCACUGUGAUUUUGGCAGUAGGAACCGCCACCACUUCUGUGGCAUCUUCUGCUGCACCGUCGGCUGACCGCAAAACGGCUGCCCCAGACACCUCCACCUACCAGUUUGAUGAGACCUCUGGCUACUACUAUGACUCGCAGACGGGCUUGUACUACGAUCCACACUCCCAGUACUUCUACAACCCACAGACAAAACAGUACCUGUACUGGGACAGUGAGAAGGGGGCAUUUAUACCUGCAGUUGACCCAGCCUUGACCCAGACUGCCAGCACGACAGCACAGACUCCUAGUACCACUACGCCCAGCAAAGAGGUCAAGGAGAAGAAGGAGAAGCCCAAGAACAAGACGGCACAACAGAUUGCCAAAGACAUGGAACGUUGGGCUAAGAGCUUGAACAAACAGAAGGAGGGUUUCAAGAGCAGCUUCCAAGCCCUGAACCAGGGCAAAGAGGAGGAGAAGGAGUCUGCUGCAGCGGAUGCUGGCUUCACGCUCUUUGAGAGGAAGCCUGGAGCAGGAAUGGAGAAGCAGAUGUUGAUAACCGAGUUGGCAAACAAUGGAGGAGAAGAGGAGAAUCUUGCUAAUCAAGGGCUGGUGGCAGCGUACAGCGGGGACAGUGACCCUGAGGAGGUGGAGCUAGAGUGUGGGGUUGAGGCUGCCGAUAAGCUGACAGACUGGAAGAAAAUGGCCUGCUUGCUGUGUCGCCGCCAGUUCCCCAAUAAGGACGCACUGCUGCGUCAUCAGCAGCUCUCAGAGCUGCACAAGCAAAACUGGGAAGUUCACAGACGAUCUAAAUUAACAGAAUCUGAGCUGGAGGAGCUGGAGAAGAAGGAAUCGGAGAUGAAGUACAGAGACAGAGCGGCUGAGAGGAGGGAAAAGUAUGGCGUCCCUGAGCCCCCACCACCGAAAAAGAAGAAAUUUGUGCCGCCCCCAGCAGCAGUGAAUUACGAACAGCCCACCAAGGACGGUUUGAACAGUGACAACAUUGGCAACAAAAUGCUCCAGGCCAUGGGCUGGCAGGAGGGUAAAGGACUGGGCCGCAACCAGCAGGGAAUCACCGCACCAAUCCAGACCUCGCUGAGGAUGAAGGGUGCCGGUUUGGGAACGAAAGCGAGCUCUUACGAACUGUCCGCCUCUGACACCUACAAGGAUGCUGUCCGGAAGGCCAUGUUUGCUCGUUUCACAGAUCUGGAGUGAAACGGUUCUCCUUUUGCCCUCCUAUCAGACUAACCUCAGAAGACUAAUGCCACCUUUUGAGCUUCUGCUGUCUGUCCAUGUCCAGUCUGGUUGAACGGUGAAGCUGGUGUUAAGGUGGUGAAAGUCAAUGUGCUAAUUAGCCGCAGCCUUACUUCAGAAGGGGAGGUGCAGUGUUUCAUAUACCCCCACUGAGAAACCAACCAUAAGUAAUGGUUUCUGCUUCGUCUACCAAGCCAGACCUUUUUCUGUGUCCAUGGAGCUAUUUUCCCUUUUGACAGCAUUCAGCAUUCAUACCAGGAUGAACGAGAUCCCUGCUCUAAUUUAAUAUGUAUAUAUUGUUUAGAAAACUUACAUUUAUUCUUUGUGAAAUACUGUUUGUGGCAUUUUGCGCAUGUACAGUUUAUAUGAAUUGUUUAAUUUUGUACAGAAAAAAAUAAAUGAGUGUAAUCUUUCUGUUUGUCUAUUAGAAAUAAAUCCUGCCCUGGGCCCCAUCUUAGUA